AUGAUUCAAUCAUUAGAUAAUAAUACUAUUAGACGUAUUUCCAGUGGGCAAGUUAUCACCAGAGUUGAGGACGUGGUUAAAGACAAUGGAUCGGGAAUUCCAGAAAAUGAUAGACCAGCGAUGGCAUUAAGGUAUCAUACUUCGAAAUUAGAGGAUUUUGGGGGAUUGAGUAAAGUAGAAACAUAUGGAUUCAGAGGCGAAGCCCUCAAUUCAAUCUGUGCUGUAUCCGAGUCUACACAAAUAACUACCAAAACCUCUAAAGAUCCGGUAGCUAUAAAUUAUUCGAUUGAUCGAACGGGAAAAAUUACUGCUCAAAAGAAUUCAUCAAAAAUCGGGAAAGCAGUACAAAACCUUUUAACAACUUAUGCCCUUGCACAUCCACAUAUUCGCUUUUUUCUCAAACUAAUAUAUGACAAUGCUGCAAGGUUAAAUUUCAAAGCUGGUGAAUGGAUUCUUCCAUCAAUGAAAAGUCAGAUGCAAUCGUUGAAUGAACUUUAUGGUGUUGAGUUCACAAACAAUGUUGAAUUUGUUGUCUGGGACACAGAUAAAGAGACUUCUUUAGAAAUAGAAAAUGAGAAUUGUGACAUAUUAGAUGGAUCAAAUUGUGCAAAAAGUAAAAUUAUAAUUGAAGCCAUAUUACCAAAGCCAGAUGCGAAACCACAAGUUAUUUUUAAGAACAGUCAAAGUUUCAUUUAUGUUAAUAAUCGUCCAGUGACUGCAACCAGAGGAGAAAUAAAAAAUAUUGUAUCCAUCGUAAAAUCAACCUACACAGAAAUUGCGUGUAAACAUGGUUGGACUGGUAAGAGUAAAAAUUCAUCUAUUAGUUUAUUUGAUUAUCUAAUGUCUGAUCGUUUAUUCUUUACCUUUCUGGAUUUUAUAGCAAAUAAAAAGACUCCAUUUAUUUGGAUAAAUAUUAAGUUACCAACUUACGAUUAUGACAAUAUUAACAAUUGUGCAAUGUCCCCUUAUAGUGUUGGAAAGAUUCCAAAAGUUGGUCUUGAAGAUUCAUCAUCGUCCAAUCUUAAUUUGUCACCAUUUUCUGCGGAAUUACUCUACUUAUCUUCUAGCGAACCAUCAUCAGCUGGUGAUAUAGUAGUUAGUUUGUCAUCUGUUAAUCAACGAUCACCAGAAACGACAGCGCAAAAUGAUCCUGAAUUAGUUCUUUCAGAUGUAGAUAAUCUAAAUGAGCCGUUAUCUGGAAACCAAGUUGUUUCUGAUAAAAGAAAGGGAAAGAUGACAGAUCAUGGGUCAACUACAUCACAAGUGUCAGACCAGGUUACGAAGAAAAAAGCGAAUAAAGAAAAAAAAAAUGAUUCCAAAACAUCUCGAUUACUUGAUGAAUGGUACAAGACUGCGCAAACAUCAGAUGUUCCAACCACGCUUCCUAUUGUUAGUCCGUCGAGUACUCCACCACAUACUAAUAAUUUGCAACAUAAAGAUCGUAGAGGUUCGAAAAGUAUGAUAAAUCCCCCACAAAAUAACUCAUAUGGUUCUAUAAACAUUGCAUAUGAAGAAAGUGAUAAUGACGGAGAAUACGUUGUUCAAAAUAACAAAAGUAACAAAGGUUCUAAUCAAAGAAAGCAAAGAAAGAAUUCUCGUGAUGAAGGGCCCGUACGUAAACGUUCAGCAUUGGAUGAUACGGAAAAUGUCACAC